AUGCUUCGCCAACUCGCUGCCCCGGCUAUUGUGGACCCCCAAGGUGCCGGUAUUCGGAUUGAGCUGCUGAAGAAGAUCAAAAGUAAAGGAGACGAUGCAAUGAAGGCCGCCAUUGGUAAAUCAGCUUUCGAUCGUUACGGCCAACAUGCCAAACUGUUACAGAUUCAAACGGUCUUCCACUUGGCGUGUGGGAAAAACACUUUCUUACUAGCCGGAACCGGUUUUGGAAAAUCUAGGAUACCGGAGAUUUACCACACAAUCUUACCCAAGACAGCGAAUGGAGUUAUUCUUGUUUUAAACCCCCUCGACACAUUAGGGGACAACCAGGUGCUGGAAAAGAAAAGAGCGGGGUUCUCAGCGAUCAACCUCACCAAAUUGACUUUCAAUGUGGAGGAGGCUAAUAAAGUGGUGAAUGGGACUUACAAUUUCGUCUAUCUCAGCACAGAAAUUUUCUUGAACUCUCGCCUGUGGGAUCAAGUGUACUUCUGUCCAAACUUUCAGAAUCGCCUUGCAUUAGUUGUGAUUGACGAGGCGCAUAUCAUAUAUCAGUGGGGACUGGUCGAAUCUUCUAGCGGAAAGGACAAGGCGGUUGCUCUGGGCCGAAUUGAAGACAUCGCAAUCUUCAGGCCCUGUUAUGGGAAAAUGGGUGGUUGGUUGCUCACUCGGAAUAACAAACCAAUAUUACUUAUGUCGGCAACUUGCAGGCCGAUUGCUAUUGAAUCAAUCAAGAAGAGCUUGAAAUUAGAAGAUCAUAAUGUUUGUGUUGUGAGGGGGGAACUCACUCGGCCAGAGAUCCGCAUCAUACGAGUUCCGAUCACUUCGUCAAUGUCAUCUUGCGUAGGGUUGGCACCUUUGUUUGCACCACAAUCUGAAGUCUUGGAUGCGCAGAUCGUUCCAACUUUGAUAUAUAGCUCAUCAAGGAACAGAACGUUACAGGUAAUGAAGGUUGUGGAUGAGGCUUGUGGGACACCAGGCGUUUCGAUGAGGCCUAAUUCGUUGGUGGUUCGUCGAUUCCACUCAUGCACGGGUGAGAAGGACAAAUUGAAGGUAGUUGAAGAUUUUGCCGCGGAUAAAUUGCUGAUGAUUUCCUGUACAAUGGCUUUGGGUAUGGGUCAAAACUGGUCCCGGGUUCGACAAGUGAUCCAGAUGGGGCGGGGUGACCCAUCAGCCAUAUGUUAG